CGACUUCAAGUUCGGUGGUGUCGUCGCGGAGGCAACCCUUGACAUCCGCAUGGCCUUCAUCAGGAAGGUGUACGCCAUCUUGUAAGCUGCUUUACGUAUUGUGUUUCAUGCGGCGCGAAACUAACAGCACCAGGACUGUCCAGCUCCUCGCAACGGCUGGCGUCAGCGCACUCUCCAUGACCAACAAGGCAUACCGCGGCUGGGUCCAGUCGAACCAGUGGAUGAUGUGGGUGGCUCUUGCCGGUACCUUUGUCUUCCUCGGCCUCACCUUCUGGAAGCGCAAGUCGCACCCCAUGAACCUCGCCUUCCUCGCCGGCUUUACAGCUAUGGAGGCGUACUCCAUCUCGGUCAUCGUCUCGUUCUAUGAAUCCAGCAUCGUGCUGACUGCGUUGGUCUUUACCCUGGGCAUCUUUGUAGCCCUGAGCGUGAUCGCCUGCCAGAGCAAGUACGACUUCACGCACUGGGCUCCGUACCUGUUUGGUGCGGUCUGGAUCGUCAUCUUGUUCGGGUUCAUGGCUGCGUUCUUCCCGUACAACAGCAAGGUCGAGCUGGGCUACGGCAUCAUCACGGCUUUGAUCUUCUCCGGAUACAUUCUAGUGGACACGCAGCUGAUCAUGCGCCACUACCACCCCGAGGAGCACAUCGCCGCGGCCAUCUCGCUGUACCUGGACAUCAUCAACCUGUUCCUUGCGAUUCUGAGAAUCCUCAACUCGCAGAACAACAACUAAGCGCGGUCUUUUCACCAUCUAUUCUAUUAGCAGCAAAUUGUACGGCGUUCGAGGUGUAGAUAGCAUGUGUGCAGGUAGCAUGUGUGGAUACAGCGUAAUAGUCCUGUUUGAAUAAACCAG